AUGCACAAUGAAUGUAUACCAACACCAAAUGAAGAAAAAUUGUUAGAAAUCGCGGAAGGUUAUCAACAACGUGCACAAUUUCCUAAUUGUAUAGGUGCUAUUGGUGGAAAGCACAUCAGGGUUAUCAAACCACAUGGAAGUGGGUCUCAUUAUUUUAACUACAAACACUUUUUUUCUGUAGUUUUAUUAGCAGUGGUUGAUUCUAAUUAUUGUUUCACGUUUAUUGAUGUUGGUUCAUUUGGCAAAGACUCAGACCCUACAAUAUUUAAAAACUCAACUUUAUAUAAGAAACUACAAAAUGAUUCACUAAACAUUCCAAAACCUAAUCUAAUACGUGGUAUUCAGAUACCUAUGCCAUAUGUAUUUGUGGGCGAUGAAGCGUUUGGGUUAUCUACAAAUAUGUUAAGACCAUAUGCAGGAAAAUGUUUACUAAUCAAUAAAAGGAUUUUCAACUAUCGACUUUCACGUGCUCGACGCUAUGUUGAGUGUGCGUUUGGAAUUUUAUCCAAUAAUGGAGAAUAUUUCACUGCGCAAUAG